GCCCUCCCCUGCGACUCGCCAAUGAUGGUGUUCAGCUAGGAGAGAGGCGAGGGACAGCGCCGGAGCAGGCGCCCGGCACAAGGCAGCGCAGGCAGGAACACCGGCACAAGACCAGGCGUGCAAAGCUGCAGGCCCGGCUCCUAAGCAAGCAGCGCGCGCGUGAGCCGAAUGCCGUGGCGCUCACUCACCACCGGCACGGUUCAGCAGCUGCCUCACGCCGCAACAGAGAAACAAACCACCACCACCACCGCUGCUGCUGCUGCUGCAAGUACUCUACAAGUAGUCCAGUAGUCUAGGACAAGUUGUAUCUAACAAACGGCGCGCACACACACACACAGUUGUAGCGAGCCCAGCCAGCCACCAAGUCCCCGAGUGAUCCCCCGCCCUCUCUGCCCGCUUCGCGUCGCGCCGCGCCGCGCCGUAUAUAACGCGGCUCACUUUAGCGAGCGCGGCCCGCGCGGGAUUCGGGCUGGGCGUCGUCGGCGGGUGGCUAUAUGAGCGGCCUCGCCACCAGGAUCGGCACCGUCGUCCGCUCACCCAUGGCGGCCGCGGCGGUGGCUGGCGCCGGCAGGAGCGACGGGCCGCGGAAGCGCCCGCGGCGGCCCGGCGGCGGCGUCAGAAUGGAGGGCGGGGGCAGGGGAGGCGGCUGCUGCUGCAGCAGCGGCAGGGCGCUGGAGCCCGCGGCGGCGAGGCUGGUGGUGAUCGUCGGCGCCACGGGCACGGGCAAGACCAAGCUGUCCAUCGACGCGGCCGCCGCGCUGGGCGGCGAGGUCGUGAACGCCGACAAGAUACAGCUCUACGCGGGCCUCGACGUCACCACCAACAAGGUGCCCCUCGCCGACCGCCGGGGCGUCCCGCACCACCUGCUGGGCGCGGUCCGCGCCGACGCCGGGGAGCUGCCGCCGGCGUCGUACCGCGCGCUCGCCGCCGAGGCCGCGGCGUCCGUCGCGGCGCGCGGGCGGGUGCCCGUGGUGGCCGGCGGCUCCAACUCGCUCAUCCACGCGCUGCUCGCCGACCGCCUCGACGCGGCGCCCGCGGACCCGUUCGCGGCCGACGAGGGGUACCGGCCGGCGCUGCGGUUUCCGUGCUGCCUCCUCUGGGUGGACGUGGAUGGCCCCGUGCUGGACGACUACCUGGACCGGCGCGUGGACGACAUGGUGCGGGAGGGCAUGGUGGAGGAGCUCUGGGAGUACUUCGCGUCGACGUCCCCCGCGGAGCGCGCCUCCCACGCGCCCGGGCUGGGCCGGGCCAUCGGCGUGCCGGAGCUCGGCGACCACUUCGCGGGCCGCAAGAGCCUCGCCGCGGCGAUCGGCGAGAUCAAGGCCAACACGCGGGUGCUGGCGGCGGCGCAGGCGCGCAAGAUCCGGCGCAUGGCGGGCGCCUGGGGCUGGCCCGUGCGGCGCCUGGACGCGACGCCCACGAUCCGCGCGCGCCUGGCCGGCGCCGGCCGCGCCGCCGAGGCCGCCGCGUGGGAGCGCGACGUGCGCGGGCCCGGGCUCGCCGCCAUGCGACGGUUCCUCGACGCCCACCGCCACGAGCCGCGGCCGCAGCAGCAGAGGUGGCCGCUGGCGCCGCGGAGGCAAUGCCGUGGCAUGGUGGUGUGACCCCCGGCGCGUGUCAAGUCCUCGCCUGUGCACUCCUCCCGGGUUCAAAUUUUUCUUGCGAUAGGCCGCCGAAUUUUGGAGGGCCCCGGCGGCACCGGUCGGUCGGUGGGGCCGGCGCAGCAGCGAGCAAAGCAAAGCAUCACCCCGAAACAGAGCAGGACGAGGCGGCCGGCCGGCGGGCAACUGCCCAGCAUCCCAGUUGUGCCAGCCGGGCCCUGUGAAUUCUGUAACCUCUCUCUCUGUCUCUCUCUUCCUUUCGUGUUCCAUGAUGCUUUUUCUAGCGAGACAGCACUUGUACACAGCAGCAGGAGCGUAAUCUCUUGCCGGUCAGGUCACUCACCCCUGUUUCGAAUUUUGAAAUACGGUUUUUCGCC